AUGACUCCCCGGUUAGGCAGGGGACACGGACGACCUGAUAAGAACGGUGGUAUAAGUCUAGCGCAGAUGGACCUCCCAGAUGGCCCGCCGCCGGCUUACACUGAGAUCUCUCGCCAGACCCCGCGGACCAACAUGGGCGCAAAUCACUACAACGAAGAUAUUGAUCGGUGGUAUAAUCCCCGGACAUGGCGGAAGAGGAUAUGGGCCAUUCUGGUCGCCAUCAUCGUCAUUAUCAUUGUAGUUGUCGUCGCCGUGGUUGUGACACUCAACAAGCAGGGUGCCUACCCCAAUUACACAAAUCUCACUUACACCCUGAGCGACACAUACUCAGGGGAGACUUUCUUUGACAACUUCAACUAUUUCCACGACUACGAUCCGUCGUCAGGAUUCGUGCACUAUGUUUCAAUUGAGGAUGCCGAGCGUCUCAAUCUGACUUAUGCCAGCUCCUCGACCGCGGUGGUGAAGGUCGACACCUCCGUGGGCAACACCUCCACGCCGGACGCCUCGACGGGCCGUUACUCGGUGCGAGUGCACAGCAAGACGCAGUACAACUCUGGUCUUUUCAUAUUCGAUGUCAAGCACACCCCAUACGGGUGCGCCACAUGGCCCGCGCUGUGGUUGACCGACCCGGACAACUGGCCCGACCACGGCGAGAUUGAUGUCAUGGAGGCCGUCAACCAGGCCACAGACGGCAACGAGAUGACGCUGCACACGACCGACGGCUGCAAAAUGAACCACAAGCGCAAGAUGACGGGGUCCGCGCUGAAAACCAACUGCGAUCACGACGCGAACGACAACGCAGGCUGCGGCGUCGAGGGCGACGACGACACCUACGGCGAGACGUUCAACAGCAACGGCGGAGGCGUCAUGGCGCUCGAGUGGCGCGACGCGGGCAUUCGAGUCUGGCAGUUCGCCCGCGACAGCAUCCCUGAUGAUAUUACGUCCGGCUCCCCGGUGCCAAGCUCCUGGGGCACUGCGCUCGCGGACUUCCCGAACACGGGAUGUGAUAUCGGUUCGCACUUCAAGAACCAGAGCAUCAUCGUUAACAUCGAUCUCUGCGGUGACCUGACGAACUCGGUAUACUCGAGCUCUGGCUGUCCUACCAACUGUACGGAUCUGGUGGCUAACUACCCCGAUGCGUUUACUAAUGCGUACUGGGAGUUUGGCGAGUUCCAAAUUUACCAGGCAUCUUGA